UCCCCCGUGGUCAGUCCCGGCCUGGCCCUAGCCUCUCUGGCACUGGGUGUCCUCACCUGUGAAAUAGGGUUAAGGGCGCGCUGUCACCGUGCUGUAGGGGACUUCCCAAGGAAGGGGGUUCCUGGGCUUCGGUGCCAGUGAUGCCGGGGGUACUGGUUCUUAUAUGCGGGGUCGCCAAAUGUCCCUGUCUGCGGGGCCUGGCUGAGUCCCUUUCAACCCCUCCAGUUGCCCCCAGAUGUUCUACAGUUUAAAGCCACACCUCCCCUUUGCCACGAAUGCCCGUCCCUUCUCUUCGGACAACUCUCCUCGUAUCUUAUGACCUGGUAUAGCUGUGAGUUAAAUCCCUCAUCCCAGCAUGCUUUGGGCCAGUGUCUGCGUGGCCCUGGCCCCCGACCGUAGGCAGCUCCUGUCCCCGGCGCCCAGGGCCCGCUCACAAUCUUAUGACCUGGUAUAGCUGUGAGUUAAAUCCCUUAUCCCAGCAUGCUUUGGGCCAGUGUCUGGGGGGCCCUGACCCUGCUCUGGAAGUGGUCUGCAGUGUCUGAGUCCCCCUGGCCUGUGAGUUAAAUCCCUUAUCCCAGCAUGCUUUGGGCCAGUGCCUGCGUGGCCCUGGCCCCCGACCGUAUGCAGCUCCUGUCCGCGGCGCCCAGGGCCCGCUCACAAAGUGCCUUCCAGUUGCUCGGGUUGCAGGUGCUCGCUGUCUUCCGCGCUCUUGGGGGCAUAAAGGGCAGUGGAGAUUUUACGUGCGCUCCUCAUUCAUCCAGCAAAUGUCUGCGUGUCCCCUGUGUGCCAGUCAGUGGGACCUGGCAGCGAGCAGGACAGACAAGCCCCGGAGCAGACAAGAAGUGGACUUGCAGACUGGGUGAGAGGGUGCACCCUGGUCCUUGCCUCUGUCCCCGUCCAGCCUGGGGCCCCCUCCUCCAUCCUGCACGGCCCCGCCCCCCUGGAGCCGCAGCCUGCUCCCCUCCCCCAGCUCCGUGCACCAGGCUGCUGCGUCUGGUCUGGCGUCUGAGAAGGAAAAGGAGCAGCUGCCACCGUGCGGCAGCCGCGGCGCCGUCCAGACCCGGAGCUGAGUCGGGCCGGCGCUCCCAGCCCUGCUCUGCCGCAGGCCGAGGGUUAGGGCCUCCGGGGUCCCAGCUCCCACGGAGGUCACCGAGGUACCGUGGGGCUUUGCGUGCAGGGCGGGGCAUGGAGUCCCUCUUCCCUGCCCCGUUCUGGGAAGUCCUCUACGGCGGCCACCUGCAGGGCAACCUGUCUCUCCUGAGCCCCAACCACAGCCUGCUGCCCCCGCACCUGAUGCUCAAUGCCAGCCACGGCGCCUUCCUGCCCCUCGGGCUCAAGGUCACCAUCGUGGGGCUCUACCUGGCUGUGUGCGUCGGGGGGCUGCUGGGGAACUGUCUCGUCAUGUAUGUCAUCCUCAGACACACCAAGAUGAAGACAGCUACCAACAUUUACAUCUUUAACUUGGCCCUGGCGGACACUCUGGUGCUGCUGACCCUGCCCUUCCAGGGCACAGAUGUCCUCCUGGGCUUCUGGCCAUUUGGGAACGCCCUGUGCAAGACGGUCAUCGCCAUUGACUAUUACAACAUGUUCACCAGCACCUUCACGCUGACUGCCAUGAGCGUGGACCGCUACAUAGCCAUCUGCCACCCCAUCCGUGCCCUUGACGUCCGGACAUCCAGCAAGGCCCAGGCUGUCAAUGUGGCCAUCUGGGCCCUGGCCUCUGUUGUCGGCGUUCCCGUUGCCAUCAUGGGCUCGGCACAGGUUGAGGAUGAAGAGAUUGAGUGCCUGGUGGAGAUCCCCACCCCGCAGGACUACUGGGGCCCCGUGUUUGCCAUCUGCAUCUUCCUCUUCUCCUUCAUCAUGCCUGUGCUCAUCAUCUCCGUCUGCUACAGCCUGAUGAUCCGGCGGCUGCGAGGCGUCCGCCUGCUCUCAGGCUCCCGCGAGAAGGACCGGAACCUGCGGCGCAUCACGCGUCUGGUGCUGGUGGUGGUGGCUGUGUUCGUGGGCUGCUGGACGCCCGUGCAGGUCUUCGUGCUGGUCCAGGGGCUGGGCGUGCAGCCGGGCAGUGAGACUGUGGUGGCCAUCCUGCGUUUCUGCACGGCCCUCGGCUACGUCAACAGCUGCCUCAACCCCAUCCUCUACGCCUUCCUGGACGAGAACUUCAAGGCCUGCUUCCGCAAGUUCUGCUGCGCGCCCACCCUGCGCCGGGAGAUGCAGGUGUCAGACCGCGUGCGCAGCAUCGCCAAGGAUGUGGCUCAUGCUCGCAAGACCUCUGAGAUGGUGCCACGGCCGGCAUGACUAGGCGUGGACCUGCCCAUGGUGCCUGUCAGCCCGCAGAGCCCAUCCACACCCAACACGGAGCUCACGCAGGUCACCGCUCUCUAGGCAGACGUGCAGCUGCGCAUCACCAGCCUCCACGGGCCACCCUGUGGCCUUGGAGGGUCUGGUGACAUCACGGGAUGGGUCAGAGCAUUAGGGCUGCCCUCCUAGUGGAGGGCGGGGAGGGGGUGCAGGACUCACUGGUGAGCAUGCCCGGCACUGCCAAGCUUCAUGGACCGUCCUGGCCUCUCCCCUGCUGCAUCCGUCUCCGGGUGGGCACACAGCCGGAAGCGUGACAGCGGCUGUACAGUCCCACGUGCCCUCGUGCUGUGGCUGUCUGCAUGGACCCUUGCAGUGUCUCCUCUGGGCAGCUGGAUGGGCCUGGCGCCGCCUGGAGGGUCCAGUGGGCAUCCCUGGGCAGUGGGACUCGCCCUGAGAGUGGAACUCCUUAGGAGGCUUCUCAGCAAGCCUGUUCCCUCCAGGACACGUGAACUGUUGCGCCGCAGACGUGGCCGUUCAGGUUUGCGAGGCGGUCAGGAGGACCGCCGCAGGCCACCCUGUCAUUUGUGAAGCAGCCCCAUGUGCCUGGCCUCAGCUGUGGGGUGGGGAGGGCUCUGUGGUGCUCUGUCUGGGUUGCCUGGGCCCCCCUCGGGCUGUCCCUCGAAGCCCUCCUUUCAGACUCCAUCAGAGGUCAGCGGCUGUGCAGCUGUCAGGACCGUGUGUCCUGCUUGGGUCCUGGUGGCCUUGGAAGGAUGCCAGUUGGGACAGGUUCGGCCCUGCACCCCAGUGACUGACGCCCUACUUCAUUUCAAGCCCCCAGUUAUCUGUGGGGGAAGCCUGAGCUUCCCAGUCAGAGGCGGCUUCGUAUGCAGAGUUGGAAGGAGAGCUGGGGCUGGCAGACCUGCUUGAGGGAGGCUGCAAGGACCAUCUGAGCCGUGGGGACCCUGCCCGCUGUGACCACCCAGAGAAGUACCCUCCCAGUUUGCAGAUGGAGGCUGCAGCUCGGUGACUUGGCCAGCGUUCUCUCUGCAGACAAGCUGCUGAAACCUCUGCAGUGGUAGAGCUGCCUCUACCUGCUAGCUGAGGUGCAGACCUGGCCAGGUGAGCUGAGGCACCUGGAAAGAGGAGGAGGUGCUGACUCUGGACUGGCCUCUCCUGCUUUGGGGACCCCGGCCUUGUGGGGUCGUCCUUGGGGAGGACGGGGCUCUGUCCAUGCUGCCAGCAGCGGGAGGCUCUGAGGACCGGAGCCACUAUGGCUGCAGCAUUUUUGUGCCAAGGCUGAAAGACAUGUGCAUUUGUGGUGGUGUAACACGUGUCUCCAUGUAUCUAUGCAUGUGGACAGUGUGAUUUCCCCUGCACGUAACCAGCCCUGAACUGUCUCCAGGGGCCGUGACGGAGGGUCAGAAUAACCCCCUGCACGCUGGUCAGGGCGCUCUGCUUGCAACAGGUGUUUCUGACUCUUUGGGGGGCCGUUGGGGUAAAUUCUCUGGGAUUAGCACGUGGGGUGUAGGUAGAUCCGUCCUCCAACCU